UAAAAUUAAUCACUCCAAAGUGAAAACGGCGUGUUUUAGUUUUGGUAAAGGAAAGAACGCACGCGAGUCAUGAUGAUUUUGGUGAAUUGACUGACUAGCACACCUUUCUCCAGACACCGUCGCCUCCGGCGGUAGAAACCUCCGGACACCGCGAUCUCCCGGCGGCGGUAACUGCCACCAAUCAGGUUUUGUGUUGUUAGAGAUAAAUGUACAUUGAUGAUAGUCAAAAGAAAAAAAGAAGAGGAAGAUUCGUGGAUUAGGAUGAGUCAACCAUCAGUGUUACUCGCCACUGCUAGCUAUGAUCACACCAUUCGAUUUUGGGAAGCUAAAAGUGGUCGCUGUUACCGGACUAUUCAAUAUCCUGAUUCGCAAGUGAAUCGGCUGGAGAUAACCCCGGAUAAGCGCUACCUAGCUGCAGCUGGUAAUCCUCACAUACGGCUGUUUGAUGUUAAUUCAAAUAGCCCUCAACCGGUAAUGAGCUAUGAUGGACAUACCAGUAAUGUAAUGGCAGUUGGGUUCCAGUGUGAUGGGAACUGGAUGUAUUCUGGUUCAGAGGACGGCACUGUUAAAAUCUGGGAUUUGAGGGCACCAGGUUGUCAAAGGGAAUAUGAAAGCCGUGCAGCAGUUAACACUGUUGUGUUGCACCCAAAUCAGACUGAACUAAUAUCUGGUGAUCAAAAUGGCAAUAUCCGUGUGUGGGAUUUGACGGCAAAUUCAUGCAGUUGCGAAUUGGUGCCAGAGGUUGAUACAGCUGUACGCUCUCUAACAGUGAUGUGGGAUGGAAGCUUGGUAGUAGCAGCAAAUAAUAAUGGCACGUGUUAUGUGUGGCGCCUGUUGCGAGGGACUCAGACAAUGACAAACUUUGAGCCUCUUCAUAAGCUGCAAGCGCACAAUGGCUACAUCCUCAAAUGUGUUUUAUCCCCCGAGUUUUGUGACCCCCAUAGGUACUUGGCAACUGCAUCCUCUGAUCAUACUGUUAAGAUAUGGAAUGUUGAUGGUUUUACACUAGAGAAGACUUUGAUAGGUCAUCAGCGUUGGGUUUGGGACUGUGUCUUCUCAGUGGAUGGUGCCUACCUUAUUACAGCUUCCUCUGAUUCAACCGCUAGGCUUUGGUCUACGACAACUGGUGAAGAUAUUAAGGUUUACCAAGGGCAUCAUAAAUCUACAAUUUGUUGUGCCCUACAUGAUGGGGCUGAACCUGGAAGCUCUUGAUAUAGUGGACAUUUAUCUACGUCUGAUACAUCUUUGUGUAAAUAUUGAUAUGCUUCGUCGGUCUAUGAAGUUUACUGCAGUUAUUUUUGUGUGCACAUUUAAUGUUAUUUGCUGAUAGUUUCUCAAAUAGAGUAAUCUUUUCAAAUAAUGGAUUGAAACUCAUGGAUUAGUAAUUCAUGAUACAAUGAUGAUGCAUAUCGUUUUUCAAAGGCUAUGCCCAGUUUUGAAAUGCAACACAUGUUCAUUACAUUA